GCAUGGGUGCGAAAAAUGUCCUUCGAGGCGCGCGCGAUGUUCCGUGCGCAUGCGUUUGAUUUUUGUUUGAUGGUGAAAUUUUCAGUAUUUCACCAACUGUUGGGAAUUCCUUAAGUGAAACAAGGUAUCGGAGGAAUUAAAUUUGCCAAAGACACACGACGAAAUGAGCUGCCAAGGCGAUUGCUCCGAAUUGGGGCCACCGCCCGACAUGAUACUAUCGAUGCCUCCGCCACCGUUGUCAUCGUUUCUGCUGCCACGGAAUGCACUGGCGCCACGUCCACCCAACAGUUCUCUGUCAUGCAUAGCGGCCUUCAUGUGCGAGCCCUCCUUGAAAGCAAACGAGCAGUCUGGAAUGGAUUUCAUUGAGUUGUCAGGAACUGGUAUGGAUGAUACAUGGGUGUUUGUACUGAUUUCCUCCUGCGUCGGAGUGUUGCUGCUAGGAGCACUGCUGGCGAUGGUUUUAAUUAAAUGCAGAGAUGCCUACAACUACUCAUACCAUGAUAGCAAUUUGAAACAUCCGCCGUUGGCAUCUCUUAAUGAUGCACACCUAGGAACAACAAAAUCUGGAUUUAUGCCAGGAACAAUCCUAUAUCCAACAAAUCAACAAAUUGUUCCGGACAAUCGUACACUAUGGGCUACUCUGACUCCUCACGGAACAACGCAGCACUUUAUCUCGGAUUCUUACUGCAAUCCGGAAGAUCACUACGAAGUAAUCGAUUACGGUCGCAAGCACGAACAGUACAUUCCAUCGAACCAGAACACCAUCGUAAAGAACAAAAACUCGUUCGAAAACUCCGGGUUCGUCGAUUACGACUAUGAAGAUCCAACGCCUCUGAUGGAAUCGUACAACAACUUCGACGAUAUGGACUCCGGAUACCAAGAACCCCAGGAAGUAAUUGGAUCGCUCAACCGAAACCGGUCGAUUGUUUCAUCCCCGACGCGGAUCGAAAAUCCCAACCUGGCUCCGCUCAAUCUUUAUCCUACUCAUCGUAGCAAUGGAACGGUCGGCAGAAAGAAUGCCACCCUCAGUAGACGCAUCAGUGAUAUCAAGAAUUGAAAUGAAUGUGAAUUGUGAAGUAACUAUCGGCAGAAGCCAACUAGCAUUUCCUUAAUGGAGUGAUAAUCAACGGGAAUUCCUACUAUUGAAUAAACUAAAUCGAGCGAUUAACAGAACAGCAGAUAUACUACAGAAGCUAGUGUUAUUUUACUACAGAAGCUAGUAUUAUUUAAUGCAAAUUAUUUUUGGCUCAAUUUUUUCGAAGCUGCAUGCCACAGAAAAUUAUAAUAUAAAGAUGCUGCCAUACGAAGGUAUUUUUUAGCAAGUCACUAUCUUACUCACUCACUCACUCACUUACUCAUUCACUUAAUUACUAAUUCUUUUGUAUCACAUCAAUAAAUGUCUAUAUGCAAUAGGAGAAUAUAAACCUUCUCAUUCUUCAAGCCAGCUAAAACUGUAGUAUUUUAAAUGAAACAAUUAUAAGGAACAAAAACCAAACUGCUAUAAAGAGAAAGCUACAGCAUUGACUGUCCGGAAAGUCGGAAAUUAUCACAAGCAAGGAUACUCUAACUUCAAGCAAUCGGUUGUCAUUAAUUUGUAAUUUCCGGUAAACUUUGGCUACAAUACUAAUAAAUGUAAACAUUUACAUUCUAUAA